ACAGUCCACUGCUGCGCUCGGUGCUCGACUGCUUCCCUCCCCUCCUUCCGACCUUCCCCCAUUGCUCGCGAGGCGCUAGCUGUGCUGUGCGCCACCGCCUUUAUAACGCGGCGCGGCCACCCAGCGCCAGCCCACAGCGGCGCCUCGUCUCGACGUCCGUCUCCUCCUCUUCCCACAGCGACGCGAGGGAGAUCGAUCCACCACCCGGCCACUGAGGGCCGGAGCCCAGCACCCCGCCGCGCCGAGGGGUUGGCGGCUUGUGGCCUGAAGCACGUAAAGCUGCAGCCUUUCGUGGUUCUUGGUCGGGUUGGGGGCAGGCAAGGGGGUUUGUUCUGCAGUUCAUGCGAGAUUGUGAUUGAUGGCAUUUGGCCGAGGCUCAAAGAUGGACGGCAGGCGGUCGUCGUCGUCGUCCUCGCUUUGCACAACGACCACAGUCGUCGUGUUUGUGGCGCUGUGCCUGGUUGGUGCCUGGAUGAUGACAUCAUCCACCAUCUUCCCGCUGGAGAUAUCUUCGAAUAAGAAGGCGGCGGUGAAGGAACAGCCGGCAAAAGCUAACUAUGGUGCAUCAGAGGAGGUGGCAUCUGGCAACACUGCUGAAGGUUCGGAGAAAUUUGGGGACACAGACAAUAACGACAAUGCGGUUUCCGAGGAGUCAAAUAACACGGUACCUUCUGAAGAAGAGAGGUUCACCGACAACACGGUGGAGAAGUCAGUGGAAAAGACGCCUCCAAAAGAAAAGGAGGAGAGUAAGGAUACAUUUGACGAUGCAAAUGGAAAAACAGAACAGUCGAGCGCCAAGGAGGGUGGGGAUGCUGAAUCAGGAUCUGGGCAGUCAGAGAGCGAGGAGAGGAAAGAUGAUGAGUCCACAACAGUAACUGACAGUGAGCAAUCUGAUGGCGAGAGGAAAGAUGAUCAAGAAGAGAAGGUUGAUGGCAAUGAUUCGCAGGACACGACUGACCAGCCGCAAAUAGAGGAGAAAGUGGAUGAAAGUGGAGAGAAGGGUCAGGGUGCGAAGUCCAAUGAGGUAUUCCCUGAUGGGGCUCAAUCAGAGCUUCUGAAGGAGUCAAACACUGAGAAUGGGUCAUUUUCAACACAGGAUGCAGAGUCGAAGAAUGAGAAGGAAGCUCAGGCAUCAUCAGAAUCUUCAGGUGAUGAAACCACUUAUAACUGGAAAUUAUGCAAUACCAAUGCUGGAACAGAUUACAUUCCUUGCCUUGACAACGAGAAGGCUAUCAAGAAGCUUCGAACUACCAAACAUUACGAGCAUCGUGAGAGGCAUUGCCCUGUGGAACCUCCUACCUGCGUUGUUCCACUUCCUGAAGGAUAUAAACGCCCAGUUGAGUGGCCCACAAGCAGGGACAAGGUGUGGUACAGCAAUGUUCCCCACACUAAGCUUGCUGAGUACAAGGGGCACCAAAACUGGGUUAAAGUUUCUGGGGAUCAUCUUUUAUUUCCUGGGGGUGGGACUCAGUUCAAGAAUGGCGCACUUCACUACAUUGAUACUAUUCAGCAGGCAUUACCUAAUAUUGCAUGGGGUCAACGGAGCCGUGUCAUUCUAGAUGUUGGUUGUGGAGUUGCAAGCUUUGGAGGGUACAUGUUUGAUAGAGAUGUCCUAACAAUGUCAUUUGCCCCAAAAGAUGAGCAUGAAGCUCAAGUACAGUUUGCACUUGAGAGAGGAAUUCCAGCAAUAUCAGCUGUCAUGGGCACCAAAAGACUUCCAUACCCCAGCAGGGUUUUUGAUGUCAUUCAUUGUGCUCGCUGCAGAGUCCCUUGGCACAUUGAAGGUGGCAUGCUAUUGCUUGAACUGAACCGCCUAUUACGCCCUGGUGGUUACUUCGUCUGGUCUGCUACUCCUGUUUACCAGAAGCUCUCCGAAGAUGUUGAGAUUUGGAAUGCCAUGUCUGCUCUGACAAAGUCUAUGUGCUGGAAGAUGGUUAACAAGACUAAGGAUAAGUUAAAUCAAGUUGGUAUGGCCAUAUAUCAGAAGCCGAUGGACAACAGUUGCUAUGAGAAAAGACCAGAAAACAGCCCACCAUUAUGCAAGGAAUCUGAUGACGCUGAUGCUGCAUGGAAUGUACCUUUACAAGCAUGUAUGCACAAAUUACCUACUGGGCAAUCAGUCCGGGGGUCCAAAUGGCCAGAGACAUGGCCACAGAGGCUUGAGAAGACCCCCUACUGGGUAGAUGACUCCCAUGUUGGAGUCUAUGGAAAACCAGGAAACGAAGAUUUUGAGGCUGAUUAUGCUCACUGGAAACGGGUCGUAAGCAAAUCAUAUGUGAAUGGCAUGGGAAUCGACUGGUCUAAAGUCAGAAAUGUCAUGGACAUGAGAGCUGUAUAUGGAGGUUUUGCUGCUGCUUUGAGGGACCAAAAAGUCUGGGUCAUGAAUAUUGUACCGAUUGAUUCACCAGACACGCUGCCCAUUGUUUAUGAGCGUGGUUUGUUUGGUAUGUACCAUGACUGGUGUGAAUCUUUCAGCACAUACCCAAGAACAUAUGACCUUCUGCAUGCGGACCAUCUCUUCUCAAAGCUAAAAAAGAGAUGCAAAUUGUUGCCAGUGUUUGCGGAGGUUGACAGAAUAUUGAGGCCAGAAGGCAAACUAAUUGUGAGGGAUAAUGCAGAGACAAUAAAUGAACUGCAAGGCAUGGUGAAGUCCCUUCAGUGGGAGGUUCGCAUGACCUACACAAAGGGUAACGAGGGUCUGCUAUGUGUUCAAAAGUCCAUGUGGCGACCCAAGGAGAUUGAGGCAAGCAUGUGAAAUAUAGGUUGAACAAGAAAAGUAUUACUGGUUAGUGGCACAUUAAUUAGACUGAAUUUUGGCUCUAGAUAUGCAUACUAUUCUUGUUGAUGCUGAAAAGUCAUAAGCUUUGAUGUAAUUGUAGAAUCAUGUUAUUUUUUUUCCUUUUCAUCAAAUGAAUGCACUCUAUAUUCUUUC